ACAGAUGAGCCGGCUGCUAUAUAGCCUCCACUCGACGGCAGAUAAGGGCAGAUCAACCGCUGACAUCGGAGAGGAACCAUGAUGCACACUUUGGUCGUACUGGUGGCUGUGGCCGCUGCGGUGGCCGCAGAGGGCGGCAUCGAACAGAACGCCGGCUACGGUACCGGCGCGUACGGCAAGGAGUACGAAACGGAACACUAUGGAUAUCAAAAGGUGAAGACCAUUGUGAAGCACGUGCCCGUUCCUGUGUACAAGAAGGUGCCGUAUCCCGUGCUGAAGGAGGUGCAGGUCGUCAAGCCCGUGCUGAAGACGAUCGUCAAGUCGGUGCCGAAGCCGUACCCGGUCGUGCGCCACGUGCCCGUCGUUAAACACGUGCCUGUCGUGCAGCGCGUGCCCGUUGUGAAGCACGUGCCGAUCGUGAAGCCGGUGCCGGUGGUGCACCACCGCUAUCACGUGCAGAAGGUGCCCGUGCACAUUCCCUACUACGUGCACAAGCCCAGCUACGGCUACGGCCACGGCGGUGGGUAUCACUGAGCCGGCAGACCUUAGUCGAUCCGGCGACCGCGGCUCACAGCCAUCCCCAGCGGAUAGCUGGCAGAGCUUAGCGGGUCGCGUAUUUAUUGAUAUGUCAUAUGUGCCAUGUGACCUUAUAAGUGCAAGUGUGGAGAAACAUACGGAAUGCGUACUCAUGCAAUUCUGGUUCUACGAGCCCAGAGUGAAAGGUUUAUAAGCAGCGUAUAGGCGAUGGUCAUUGUGUUAAAAAAACGAAAAAAAGCUUAUUAGUUAUUUACAUACAAAUAUUUCCCCAUAAAUUCCGUGUUAUUUCGGCGCAUAAAUGUGCUAUGUAAAAUGCAAACGAUAAUAUAUUUAACACGAAUA